AGCAGUUCAUAUGCAAACAGCCUCUCAGUACGGUUAGGUUCCAAACAGUACUUAGCUUGUAAUGAAGUACAUAAAUGUGUACUAUACUUAAAACUGAAAUAUGGGCUAGAAUUCUUUUAGAACGUCAGUUUUACUAAGUUAUUUUUAUUAACCUAAGGAAUUUACCAGAACAAAAGAUGAGUCAAGCUGAAUAGUUUGCAAGGGAGAACUUCAGAUAUUUUAGUCUACAAGUGAGUAAACUUUGCUUACGUAGCUGGCUCCAUUCAUUCUCUGAAACCAAUCACUUGCCCUGUGGUGGCUGAUAAGAAUUCAAAGGCUUGCAGAGGUGGAGUGACAGCAUCCUUAGUACUAAACACAUUCCCAGGCAUAUCCAUAGCCGCUGUCCAUCACCCAUGCAGGAAGCUUUUUGGAAAAGGAGAAAUAUAAAACAGAGAAGGGAAAUCAUGCAUCAUCAUCCUGGCUGGAGCGUACAGAAGACUGAAUGCUGUUUUCAUCAUGCAGAUUCACUAGAGAAAUGACCUUCUUUGAUCAGCCAGGUAAAAUAAAAAACUUGCUUAUUUGUUGCCUGUGCUCCCCAUGGAUGCUGAGGCUGUGGACUUGCAGGCGCCUGAGGACAAGGAGGAAUCUGCUGCUGGGCACUGCAUGUGUGAUCUACCUGGGAUUCCUCGUCAGCCAAGUGGGCCACGUUUUACCCCAGCAUAAAGGAGGAUACGAAACUAUCAGUUCCAGAAGUCUCCAGGAUGCAAUGCAAACUGCUUUUCUGGGCAUCCCACUGGACAGUACCCUGUCAGCACCCAGCUUCCAGGAACCCAGUCUGGGUGGCAAUGGAACCUUGGUGCCACCUAAUGUGGUUUAUAUUACCCUACGGUCCAAGCGCAGCAAGCCUGCCAAUAUCAGAGGCACGGUGAAGCCAAAGCACAGGAAGAAACAUGCAGUCCCAUUGUCCUAUGGGCAGCACUUUCCAAAAGCCACUUUCACUGGCCAGAAAGAGAUCUUUUUUCAGCAGCUGGGGAGGGACAUUCACGCUAUGGGUGCAAUGGGAGCAGCAACAGCUCCGGAGGCAAAAAAACACCAACUGGAUAUACUCCAGCAUAAAGAAAUGGCAGUCAGGGAGAGGGUACACCAGAGACCUGGGGGGAUUUCUGGAAGGAUUAAGGCACAGCCUCAGCCUGAGGAAAGUAACAUCAGGAUUUACAGCGAGAGCUCUCCCUCGUGGCUGAGCAAAGAAGACAUUCUAAGCAUGCGUAUGUUGGCAGAUUCUCGGAUAGAGAGCAUCCAAAAACUACCUUCUCAAAAAGCUGUCCUGGUAGUAUUUGAGAAGGGUCCCAGCACCACAGGAACUGCCUGUACUCAGGGGCACUGUGGCAUCAUCAAAAGACCCCUUGACAUGAGUGAAGUGUUUGCCUUUCAUUUGGAUAGGAUCUUGGGGCUAAACAGGAGCUUACCUUCUGUAAGCAGGAAAUCGGAGUUCUUCCAAGCUGGUCAAGCGUGUCCUGUUAUUCUCUGGGAUUCUUCACUGAGUCCAACUGAUAACAAUACUCAUUCUUCAGUGAGAUUAACCUGGGGGAAAUAUCAACAACUACUGAAGCAGAAAUGCUGGCAGAAUGGUAAAGUUCCCAAAGAUGAGUGGGGCUGUACUGAAAUCCAUCAUCAUGAGUGGUCCAAGAUGGCAGUCUUUGAUUUUCUUCUGCAGAUCUAUAACCGGCUAGACAGACACUGCUGUGGAUUCAGACCUCUGAAGGAGGAUUCCUGUGUGCAGCAAGGACUGGUUCUGAGAUGCAGUGAUCAGGAUGCUGUUGACUUGACGCACAUAGUGCAGAGAACACAUGAUCAAAGGCACUUGACCUUUAUAGACAAUAAAGGUUUCUUUGACAGAAGUGAGGACAAUCUCAACUUCAAAAUUCUACAAGGAAUCAAUGAAUUCCCUGAGUCUGCAGUUUCAGUGCUGAGGAGCCAGCGUUUACGGGAGAAGUUACUUCAGUCUUUGUUCCUUGACAAAGUAUACUGGGAGAGCCAAGGAGGCAGAAAAGGAAUUGAAAAGCUUAUUGAUGUAAUAGAAAGGAGGUCCAAAAUUCUUCUUACUUACAUAAAUGCACACGGAGCCAAAAUACUGCCCAUGAAUGAAUGAGCUUCUGAGAGACAGUCCUUAAAAUAAUUUGUGUGGAGCAAAAAUUGAGAGUAAAAUUGAUUUAUUUCAUAGGUUUAUUUAAUUUUUAUUUUUCCAAACUUUUAAAUGUAUUUUUGAAUGAGAAGCCUUAUAUGGUUUAAACAUCAACUGCAGCUCAACAUAAUGCACUUCUAGGUCAUCAGUGAAAUUUAAAAAAUGUCAAAUAAUACAAUAAAUGAUACAGAAAUAAGUAUGCACCGUGAACACUCCUUCUAUUAAACAGUUUGAAAAUUAGCAACAAGAUUUUCAGUACAUUAGUCUGGAUUCCCUCAUUCAAGUCAGUAAUGUUUUAUUGCAAAUUUAGAUGGAAGAGAGAUUUUAGUCACUUCAUACAUCAGUGAAAAUUGCCAUCACAUCUACAUGCUGAAACAUACAGGAAUUCAUCUGUUUAAGAACAUUACAAUUCCAACAUUUUCAAAUGAUUAUUUUGUUUUAUUUUGGUCUUUUGAAAUCUGAGGACUAAACUUUUUAAAGUGAAGGUAUAUUUCCAUUGGAGGUGAGGAAAAUUUAGAAUCACAAAGAGGAAAACAUGGCUUUAACAAUAAUAAUUCAUUUGACAAAUAGAGUUUUCACCUGUCUGAUAUGUAGCACACUUCAUCAUGAGUCAUUUUUUACAAUGUACUAUUUCCAGUACAGAUUGGUUUGUUGUGUGGCUGGAUCAUAUGAUAUUUCUGUCUGUUGAUUAACUGAGUGUUACUCACAGAAUCAUUAGUAUUACCAUUUCUUUUUUUAGAAAUUUAGCUCUAGCUUUGUGUUAAUAUGCUGCUAAAUUAAGUAUACAUGUUUGUUUUUGCAGCGUUUGUGACACAGUUUUUUAGAAUACUAUCAAAAGCAGAUGUAAUAAUGACACAAAUGUUGUUAAAAUCAGAACAGAAAAUGUUUCUGCUGCUUGCUUAGCUCUUGUCAGCAAUUCAAGCUCUUGUUUUGCAUCAAGAUUGACCAUUUUGGUUCCAGCUGAUGGCUUGGCCCAAGUAUUCCCAUAGGUAGGGUUGUUAGAGAAGCUUGGAGAAGCACUAUAGAUUCUCAGCUUGGAUCUAUUCCGGAAAAUACUCUGUUCAAGAAGUAAAAUAUCAACUGAUAUAGUCUAUCCCAAAAUAUAUCUUCUACCUAUCUGCUUAGAAAGAUUCUUUCCUUUUUUUUCUAAAUAAAUAUCUAUCAUACUUUUGCCAUGAGAUAACAGCAGAAGUUAAAUGCUUUCAUAUAUUCUUCAUGUUUAGUGAAAAAUAAACACUAACAUAGGGUGUAUAGCAUUUAAAGAUAUUUUGGAAAUGCUUGUGUAAUAUUUUUCGUUAUUAGAAACUGAAGUGUUAAUGUAGGUGGGUGAAGUUAAUACCUUAAAUGACUGCAAUUCCACCACAGCUAAAACAGAUUUUAUUUCUUACUAUCAUAACAUCUAUUAACAAUAGAAGAAAUAGAUCUAAUUAUAUGCAUUUAAAGACACUUAAUAAAAUUUGAAGAGCUUGGCCAUCUAAAUAAUCUUUUAUUCUGUCAGUAAAAGGCAGAUACAUUCAUAAAAACUUCCUAGAACUUAACAAUUGCCUUGAGAGGACAUGUUUUUAAGUGCCUUGGACUUUUAAUAACACCAAAAGUAGAAUUUUAUAGGAUUUUCAUAUUAUCCCUUUCUUAAAAUGUUAUAACAUGUUAGCCAGAUGAUAUCUAUCACAGAAACAAAAAAUAUUAACGUAGCUUGCAUUUUCACUGAGCCUAGAGAGAGAAAUAAUCCUCUGGAUCCAUUUCACAUGGUACUCCUGUUGCAUUUAUCAUAAAUUUCACUCUCGUGACCAUUACAAUCAAUUUGUCCCAUUUUCUAGCCUAUCUCAGUUUUCUUCCUGCUAGAUACUUUUUACUUGGAUUAUCACACACUGGUAAGAGUGAAAGACAUGAUUCUCAGCUGCACUGAACUUAGAAGAGGGCCAAGGAAAGGUACAGCAUUGCAGCUGAUCAUGAAAAAACACAGACUGGAACUCUUCUAGUUUUUCCUCUUCUGGUUCUAAGACAACACAUGCAGAGAGCUGGAGCAUCUCUCUUGUGAAGAGACGUUGAGAGAACUCUGUUUGUUCAGCCUGGAGAAGAGGUAAUCUGCAGGGCAGAAUCAUGUCUAGACUUCAUGGAAAGUCUAUAUUGUCUAGACACAUGAAGUCUUCUCAGAACUGCUGCGGGGACUGGUAAGUUCAGAGCGAAUAUGCAAAGCAGGAUAAGCUGUGCCAUGGCUGCAUGCAUUGCCCCUUUCCAAGUGCCAAGGAUUACUUCUUUCUCUGAAAUUCUGAGUUUGGCUCCAGAAGGUGUUCUGUGUAUGCUGCAUCAUGUUCUCACCUUAUAAUCAUGUCUUAGUAUUAUUUUACAUGUAGUUGGAAGCGUUGCUGUCUAUGUUGUAUUAAAAUGCUCCAUUUCCAAGUCCUACCAACUCUCUUGUCUUCAGACAGUCAGGAGAGGCUUGAGGAGACUGGCAGUGGGACUGGAUUGCAAAAUGCUUCCAAUUCAAUAAUGUUGAUAACGAAUGCCAGGAAGUGCCUUUUCUUUCUGAUGUUCGUACUGUUGUAUAUCUUUGUGCUUGAGUUUGGUACAAAGUAUAAUUGGUAGAGUGCUUGUGAGUACAUACGAGCCCAGUUCUCAUUUUUUUUAUUCUUUCAAAAAUGAAAAAUUCUGUACUUUUUGAGUGUACUUGGGUAAAUGCUCCAGUAAAACAUACAAAAGAA